CUCUUCUUUAAAAAUUUCUUCUUUCGUCCGUCAUUCCAUUCUUGUUCUUGUUCUCGUUCUCAUCAUUGUCAAUCCACUGUGCUCGCACACAAUCCGUCAACGACCAUUGAUGAGCGUCUGACGAUUGACCUGGAUGGAGAGUUAAGAGCUAGACUGCGAGGACGGCGAGCACUGAGAAACCCUUCGAUGAAGAUCCUUUGAUAGGCCAAAAAGUCCGACCUCUAAUUGGCGCCUCUUUUUCUGGGGUUCUCAACCCUCCUCCAGAAGAGGCCUUCUUUGCUUGCUCUGUCUCUCUCGACUGCACACUUUUUGGAUACGACGAUGGAGGCUAGAAUCCCACCAGCUAGGAGACGAGGACCUAUCCUCCGUCAACGCCAAGCUGCUGCUGAAAGUUCUGGCUCCACUGAAGCUGAAGCAGCUCCCUCCUCCUCCGCCUCCCCUUCUACGACGACCACUUCCAAUUCUCCCCCACCGCCUUCAUCAAGUUCCACCACUACUACGACCAGCACUACCCCUAGCUCAUCUGAGCAGCCUCCGCCUUCAUCUAGCUCUACCCAGACAACUACAUCACAGUCUCCUUCUCCAACUCCAACUUCAUCCUCCACGACUACUCAAGCACCCACCUCCUCUUCAUCCCCGCCACCUGCUCAAUCGUCUCAAGUAACGACUUCACCAUCUAUAACACCGACCAGCAGUACUCCUACCUCGUCAUCUACAGAACCGACCACCUCUGCCACCCCCACAACUUCAGCUGGCCAAACCACUUCGGCCGCGGCUCAGUCCACCUCCACCACCCUCGUCGUGGUGACACCAUCAUCCUCCGGCAAAGCCAUCGAGAGCACCCUGACGUCAGCCCAAGGUGUGACGACAACCGAUGCCAGUGGUCACUUGAUCACUACCACGCCUGCGCAAUUCACCUCUGUUUUCACAACCGAGUCAAAUGGUCAGCCUACCACCGUCACUCUAGUUGUUCACAAUCCCACCGGGGCUCUGGACCAAGGCAGCAGUGGAGGAUCCUCGAACGCGUUCUUCAGCAAUACCGGAGCCGUCGCAGGAACAUUCGUUGUGGUUGGUCUAGUCGCCGUUGGUGUCCUCGCCGCCCUUGGUCUGCUAUUCUUCCGCCGUAGACGAAGGCAGAGACUGGAUCGAGAGGUUACCGCUGCUGCUGUAGCCGCCUCGUCCGGAGCUCACCGAUCGCCGCUGGACGAAGGUGACGGCAUGGGCCCAUCCUCCAGCCAUCAUAACAGCGACUCGUAUCCUUCUACGGUCAGCGCGCCGAUGGCUCAAUACGCCAAUUAUGGAGCCUCGUAUGCCCCUGCUGGCGGGUAUGAUCCCUAUGCUCAACAGCCUUACCGAGACCAUCCGGGUCAAGGACCGUUUGACACACCCAUUGGCUACCAUGAACACGGCUAUGCUGAUCCGCAUGGCGGAUACUCGGAUCACGCCGGUGCGUACGCUGGCGGUGCUGCUGCUGCUGCUGGUGCGGCAGCUGGUGCUGGUGCUGGAGGAUACGAAGGCAUGCACCAGGGUCAACAGGGGUAUUACUUUGAUCCGCGCGAUGCGGACUAUUACGCGGACGAGCAUGAACAAGAUCCAAAUCAGUACCACGCGCAGACAUAUGACGAUCCGUAUGGUGGGUAUUCAGGUGACAACAGUGGAGUAGGAACACCACAAAAUGAGAGGAGUGAUCCCCUUCAUAUCGCGAAUCCAUCCAAGCAUUAAUCUUAGGAUAAGGUCCCCCCCCCCCCCCCC